AUGAGCGACGUCCGAAGCCUACUGAAGCAGGCCAAAUCAGCCCGGGUGGUCAAGCGGGUCAGCCAUCCGCUGGCCAAGUACGACGGCGAUAAACUCAAGUGCGCCGUCUGCAAUGUCCCGGUCAAAGAGGCACUGUUCACGGCGCAUUUGGCAAGCAAGUCUCAUAAGGAGGCGCUUCUUCAGCUGAAGCAGAAGGCACAGGCCCCAGGUCCAGCUCCAACCAAAGCGACCGCCCAAGCCGCUGCCCCGCCAAAGACUCGUCAGUCAGCAGCUCCAUCGGCUUCUGCCGUGACGGGCCUACUGGCACAGGGAUACGGCGAUGACAGCGACGAGGAGCCGAGUGAGGACGACGAGGCGCAAAAGUCGUCCGCAAAGAAAAUGAGACUUGAUACCACGGCCGGGAGCACGGGUGCACUGUCGGCUCUCCCAAGCGGCUUCUUUGAUCAGGCCGCUGGACCGGCAGCACCCGAGGCCGAAGCCACACCCGAGCCGGCGCUCGACAAGCUCCCGUCCAACUUCUUUGACCAGCCCACCAAGGAGGAGCAAUAUCAGCAUGAGCAAGAUGCCGAACGCGCGCUGCAAGAUCAGAUCGCCGAGUUCCAAAAGUCCAUCGAGGAAGAGGCUCGAGCCUUUGAUGUCGCAGACGACUUUGAAGCCGAAGAGCUUGGCCUCAGCCGAGGGCUUGAAGAGCAGCAGGAGCAGAUGUCGCUUGCGGCGCGAUUACAGGAGCUGAAGGCAUCACGACAGCGGAUGCAGCAAGUCGACUCGAGAGACACCAUGACAGCCCGGGCAGGCAUCACGGGCAAUGCCGAUCAAGAAAUGGAAGACACAUCGGCCGCUCUCGACCAAGACGAGGAUGAGGACGAAGACGAAGACGAAGACGAAGACGCCUUUGGAUGGAGGAGCAAGGAGCUGUAG